UUGAAUUUCAAAAAAGUAAACUGAAAUCGACCGAUUGUGUUCGAAGUUUUAUUUGUGUAAUAGAAUUUAAUUUGAAUUGUCUGUUUUAGCAAUGCCGGCUGAAGUGGUAAAUCUCGCGAAUGUGUACGCCUUCCUGAGAGACUCGUACGAUUCCGUGGAUGUCCUGCUGGCCCCACCACCGACAUACAUCCAGUCUCUGUCGGAAAUCGAUUCAAAAAUUGUGUUCAUCCAUAAAUACGAUGAAGUACGCAGCAAAGCCACUCUCGAUGGUGGCAAUCGCUUCAGCCCAAAAGUAAAGGAUACCUCACAGGUGGAUUUGGACCUGACGGGUUCACCCCUCAAGGAUGAUGUGAAACUGGAAGAUUUAAACAUGUCAACCGAUCAGAAUGGGCUAGUUUGUUUCGAGAAUCCAUGGCUCGAACGGGAGGAAUGUUACGCUCCCAUCCCCGUCGAGAAAGCACGUCCCAUUCUUCAGGAGGUGUUGAAUAGUGGCGCUGCGGGAUCUGGUCAUUUGUGGGCCCUCUGUGACGGCAAGGAUAUGGAUCAGACGCUGCUUUUGCAGGUGGAAAUCAACACGAUGAAUAAAUUCGUUAGGGGAGUGGUUAAACUGCUUGGUUACUUUCCGGAAGAGCAGCUAACGAUGGUGAAACUGCAGCGGAUUCACGAUACCAGGGCGCCAGGAUUCACGAAGGAGUUGGAGACCAGUAUUGAGCUAUGGUACAAAAUACAGUCUCACAUCAGCGUGAAGCUUCGCUGGAUAACUAAUUCAGAGCAUCCUUCAUUCCUCAUCAACAAGAAGGCGGACAUUGUUCUCCGCCAAGCAAUACAAGUGAAUGAUACCCAAUCCGUGGCGGAAUAUUUUUGGAGCCAAUUACACUUGCUGGAUAUCAUCAAGGACAGGAUUCUACAGGUACGGAGCGAGGGCAAGACAAACUUAGAGGACGAAUGGUUCGCCGGGACUUUAGAUGUCGAUCUCAUCGAGGAGAAAGUUCACAAGAUUUUGACGGAGUUUUGCGUCGUUGAGUCCACCGAAUAUAAGUUGGCUCAGAUUGGCUCGAUUGUAGAGCGUGUCAAGAAUCGAUCAGCUGCGGAUGUAACCGAUCGAUUAUGGAGUGUGCUCAAAUAUUGUUCCUGCUAUGACGACUUGAAGGAUGUUCUAACGUUUAUUUUUAAAGCCGCUUCCAGAAGCUAUCUUGCGAACAUUCCCAGCAACAACAAUCGCCUGGCACAACUGAUCAAAUCGAUUGCUCAGGGGAGGUUGGCGAUCCCGAUCCUCACGGGAGCCGAGCCGUUGGAACUUUUGUUGGAAAUCGGGUUGGAAAAGAUUUUCAAAGACUAUCAGAUAAUUUUCCACGAAAGCAAAAUUUGCAAUCUCGACUUGGCGAACGUUGGCAAAACGACGAACGUCCGCCACGAUUCCAUGAAAGUCUCGAGAGCUUCUAGCAUCCGCAAGUCCAUGUAUGAGGCUGUCCCGUCUUCCCAGAGCCGGAAGACGGCAUUACUCUCCAAUCCGGGCGACACAAAACAGCUCGAUGAUGACGAUGAUGGCGCCAUACGGAAUAGUUAUUUCAACGAGGAUGAGGCAAAUAUGAGGAUCGCAAAACUGGCCCAAAUUCAUAUGCUUCUGGAGCAUUUGCUCUCGAUUGAGACUCAUCUGAAGCUGACCAGUAUAUAUCCGCAAGUGGCUGAGGAAUAUUUUGCCCGACCAACGGUUUGCUUUGAGGAGAUGCGAUCCCGCAAGACGGAUCGGUUGGAGAUUCCGAUUUUAAACAACAAAAUUAUUGAGCUGGUAGAGAACUCAUCGCCAUACAUCAGGAGGGUGGGGAUGGCGAGCAAGAGCAAGUUCCGGACGGUGCAGAGUGUAUUUUAUCAGAGUACUGAUCCUAUUCUGCCCACGAAUUUGUUCAGUCAGCUGAAAUCCGAUGAGACGGACGUCAAAAAUGGUUACUGGUGUCUAGAGUAUACCAAGAUCAUCAAUCAUUGAAUACCUGGGAAUGUCACUGAUGGUAGUUUAAGUUCUCAAUAAGGAUGUUGUGAGAUGUAUUGUAAUUAUUAUUAACAGUUUAUCUUCGAUGUGUGAAUGUUGAAUCGUAUAAUAUAUGUAAGAUUUUAAUGAA